AUGUCUCAAAAUCUACCACUAAAACAACACUGUGAACAAUUAAUUUCUCUCUUCAUUAAAGAGAGAUUACAUCAGGGAAGCUAUUUUUCCUCGGAGAAGGAAAUUGCCUAUCAUAAACCAAACUUUGUACCUAUACAGGUGAACUUAAAGUUUAUUAAUUGGUACAUUCAUCAAUAUUUGUUAGGAAAGGAUACUAAUAAAGAUAAGGAUGUUAUCAUCAAGAUUAGGGAUCAAUUGUUGCAGGGAUUGAAAGAAAUGAACAUGCCAAUUAUUAAUGACACCAACCAAGAAUAUAAUGUUAAAAGAUUUGUUGUACUAUCUGAUAUUCAUUCAAAAGGAGAAGCUCUCUUCCCCAAAAUACCCAAUGGAGAUGUAAUUUUAUGUUGUGGAGACUUUUCAAAUAGGGGGAGUUUGGAUGAAAUUUCUCAAUUCAAUGAUUUUCUAGGAAGACUAAAAAUAAGUGGAAAUUGUAAAACAAUAAUCUGUAUUUCAGGUAAUCAUGAUUAUGGAAUGGAUGCAAAAUAUAAUAAGAAUUUGGACCCUGAGAAAAUUUUCAAUACUAGACAAAAUCCAUUACUGCCAAACUGUGAUUAUUAUUUACAGAAUAAUUCAAUAAUUUUAGAUUCGAGUAUUAAGAUUUAUGGAUCACCAAUUACCUCUCAGGGAAUGGCCUUUCACUCAUCAAAUUCUUAUUCUUAUUGGAAGGAGAUUGACAGUGAUUCUGAUAUUGUCCUGAGUCAUACUCCACCUUUCAACAUUCUGGAUUUAGCUUGGGUAAAGAAUAAUGAAAAUCCAAAACAAGUUUGUAAAGUUUGUGGAAAUAUUCAUGACUAUUAUGAGCAUUGGGGAGAUUAUUGGUUGAAAAAUCAAUUAAUUCAUAGAGUUAAGCCAAAUAUUUCUGUAUUUGGCCAUGUGCACGACGACCAGAAUUUUGUUAGAAAGAGCAUUAAGGAAUUGAAGGCUGAAGAAGAAUAUCAGCAAAAAUUGUUCAAUAUUGAACAGCCAUUCGAUUCAAAGACAAGUACCUCUGAUGAUCAUAUAAUUACAUUUUUGAAUGGAGCUUUGGAUUUAACACAUAAGGUUUACUUUUUCGAUUAUUUCUACAUUCCAAAUUCCAGAUCAUUAUAUCAGAAAUAA